ACACGACAUUAGAAUUUGUAAUAUUACCUGUUGUUCGUCUUCUUUCCUCCUUCUCCUCCUCAUCUCCUGCUGAAGAGGACGAGCUGUGAAAAGCUUUCUACUGAUACAGUUUGUACACAGUCAUCAUGGGACUGGACGGAUGUGGCACCGUGUGCGUUUAUGUCAUCGUCCUUUUCAACAUCGCCCUUGCUGUGGCGGGCUCUGCCUUUUUGGCUCUCGGCCUGUGCCUCAGGUUCAACGUUAAUACCAGGGUCGUCUUUGAAAUAGCCAGCCUCAAAUCAUGGGUGUUCGUUAUGGAUGUGAAGAUUAUUAUCGUGCUGGGUACGUUCAUGUUGAUCACGGCGCUGUUUGGAUUCAUCGGCGCCUCCUCUAAGAAAAAAUGGGCUCUGGAGACGUUCUCUGGUCUCCUGAGCCUUCUUCUUUUGUCUGCAAUGGCCCUACUGGGUCUCACUUUUUGGAAAAGCGAUGCGGUUGGAAUGAACAUAAUGGAGUUCUACAUCAGCAUGUAUGUUCUGUACGAUGGAGUAGAUCCAGUCAUUGGCACCACCCUCAGGAUCAUCCACAACUUGCUUCACUGCUGUGGCGUGACGGGCAUCGGGCUGAUAGAGACGACCUGUCCCAAGCCAAGUGGAUUUUUGGAGCACUUCGUCAUGCCUAAUUGUCCUGAGAAGAUCGCAGGCUUCUUCGACAGAAAAGCUCCUCUGAUAGGUGUCCUCUUUGCAUUUGUAUGUCUUCUGAGCGUACCUCUAGUGUGCAGCAGUAUCAUCUGCAAAAAGAUCCGUGUGUCCGUUUCCACAACUCAGUACACUGUCAUGACUAACUACGCCCUGCCUACCCCUCAACCAUUACAGCAGGGAUUUGUCCCCACCUCCUACUCUUACCCCAACCCGGACCCAGACAUUUUCCCCCUUGUCCCUGUCGCUGAGGCCCCUGUGGUUGAGGCCUAGUUUACUCAGUCUUGAUUUUUGUUCUCUCCGCUUUGGCAUGGAGAAUUCAAAUGCAUGUUUUCCUCAGCCGGGUUAUUAAAGGGUUUCAUCAACUCCCUUUGAAGGAGGAAUUUACCCUGUACGGACAAACACACCGUCACAUUAAGGCUACAUCCAUACUAUGACGUCGGAAAACAUCUUUGACGUGAGCGUUUUGGGUUCGAAUCAGUUUUAAAUCGCCGCCCAUAUUAAUAUGCCUGAAAAACGCAAAUCAUGUGACCUCCCACGUACACUGAUGUACAUAAGAAUUGCUCCAAUAACAGCUCAUCUCCUCUUCUAGAAAGGGAUAAUGUGAUCGAGCCUGACGAAUCAGCGGAGGCUAUGUUGUCAUGGAAAAGACCCAAUCAGCAAGCGGUUGUGUCUAUGACAUCGUUUUCCAAAUAUCUCAGUUUCAGCUCUUCCAGCCUAAACCCCCGGCGUCUUCAAACUGAACUGGGGCCAGCGGCGUUUCUCAAAGCUUCUCAGUUAAAGCAGCUCUAAAACUCCGGAGUAGUGAAAAUAAUAGUAACUUUAUUUGAAAAGCACUUAUCCCAACAAGGUUACACAGUGCUUCUCAAAUUCCAAUGGCCAAAAUGAAUGGUAUUUAAUUCUGUUCAAUUCUAAGCGCCAAAUCGUAACCUAGGUCAAGACCUUGAAAUUUAUACAAAACCCCAGCAGUCUCCCCCCCCUUUCUGUGUGUGCAUGACAGAUCAGUCCCUUGGUCUGCAGCGUUAUCCUCCUGAGGAAGAUCAUCAGAGUCCACAUUGGCGUAGUACCUUGAAAGGCCUCUAGAUCACAGUGGGCGUGUGAGAAGUCACCAACACAUCCACGCCACGUUUAAUUCAGCUGGGAAGAGGAUGGAGACUUUUUCUAUGUUACCACGUGACAGCAGCUCUGGUACUUUAGGUUUUGUGCUUUUUAUCUUUCAUAUGAGAAAUAUCUGCUGUGUUAAAAAUAUAUGUACCAAUGUGAAGGGAUCAUUUUCUUUUAAACCCUUUGAAGCCGUUUCAGAAGCUAUGAAAAGUAGUUUUGGUCAAAGUACUUUUUAAAGUCUUGCCCUGCAUCAUCAGGUACGUCAGUGUGAAACGUAUAUAGGUGUAAUGUUCCAUGAGUACUAGUGUUUGUUUUCCUUUGUCAAACUGACUAAACAUUUCCAAUGGCGUAAAGCAUUAAGCCUUCCUUUGAAUGGCGGUUUGAUACCAAAGAUAAACACCUUAGUAUUAAAAUAAAUAUAUUGUUACUCUAAAUCCCUAAUUCUGCGGUAAAUAUUACAUUAUCCUGUUUUUAUGUUUACAAUGUUAGAAAUGUGUUCCAAAUGUCUUUACUUGUUGCAAUAAAAGGGCUAAAGUGGA